AUGGCUGCUCGAGGCCCAACAGGCACCCGUGGUGGUAACAACAACCGCUUUGCGCAGUUCAAGCUGGUGUUACUGGGAGAGUCUGCGGUCGGAAAGAGUUCCCUCGUGCUCCGGUUCGUCAAGGAUCAAUUUGAUGACUUUAGAGAGUCCACAAUCGGCGCCGCCUUUCUGACACAAACGAUAUCGCUCGAUGACAAUACAACCGUCAAGUUUGAGAUCUGGGAUACGGCUGGGCAGGAGAGAUACAAGUCGCUUGCACCUAUGUAUUACCGAAACGCGAACUGUGCGGUUGUGGUCUACGAUAUUACACAAGCUUCUUCUCUGGAUAAGGCAAAGCAGUGGGUGAAAGAACUCCAAAGGCAGGCGAACGAGAACAUCAUCAUUGCCCUGGCUGGAAACAAGCUUGAUUUAGUUACUGCCCAACCCGACAAGCGGGCGAUCACCACAGCAGAUGCCGAGGCGUAUGCAAAAGAGGCCGGACUGCUGUUCUUUGAGACAUCCGCCAAGACAUCAGAGAAUGUUCGAGAACUAUUCACGUCGAUCGCAAAGAAGCUGCCGUUAGAUCAAGCUGGGCCACGGAAUCCGAGAUCGGGUGGACGCGGAGGGGUGGAGCUGAGACCAGAGAACCCAUCAACACAGGGACAAGGCCCAUGUGCUUGUUAG